AAGUCUCUUAAUUAUUGAUCGCUGAAGAAAGCUUAAAGCCUUGUUCCACUUUCCCUGAGGCUUUAAGUUGUGGAACAAGUGAAAAAUUCAUACUCUGAUCAUUAUUUCAUCACACACUGUAGCUUCCAUGGCUAUAUCAUCCACUUGCAUUAUUUUGAUAUUCGUAUCAUUUGUGUUUUUAGUUGGCAUCACCACAAGUGCUGGAAAUUACAAAUUGUCACCCUUAGAUCAAGAAGCCAAUGCUUUGUUUUCAAUUAGUAAAGAGUUGUGGAGUAACCAACAUAAUAAUAUCUCCAACCGUUGCAACUGGCCGGGAAUCAAGUGCAACAAAGCUGGAAGCAUAACAAAGUUUUCCCCUCCAACUCUAAGUAAUUACACCUACCAGUUCAGCUAUUUGAAACUAAACUUUUCAGUGUUUUCGAAUCUAGUGCAUCUCGAUCUCAGUGAAAUGGGGUUAUUUGAAUUCCCUGAACUAAGUGGUCUCAAGAAGCUACAGCAUCUCAACCUAUCAUACAACACUAUUGAAGGUGAGGUUCCUUUUACAUUAUUGGAAAAUCUAACUCAACUUGUGGUGUUGGACAUUUCUAAUAACAAUUAUAUUAGUGGUACAAUUCCAAAAGAACUAAGCAACUUGGAGAGACUUGUCAUGUUGGACUUGAGUGCCAACAGCUUCCAUGGAAGCAUUCCAUUGAUUUUUGGUCAAAUUAGCAGUCUCAAACACAUGAACCUUUCCAACAAUCUACUAAUUGGUAAGGUUCCUUUUACAUUGGCAAAUCUAACUCAACUUGAGGUGUUGGACCUUUCCCAAAACAAAAUUAGUGGUUUCAUUCCUCAUGAAAUGGGGAAAUUAACAAAUUUAUUAACAUUAGACCUGAGUUCAAAUUUCCUGUUUGGUCCAAUUCCUGAGCAAAUUGGGUACUUGAACUGUUUGACAAGUCUCCACCUUCAUUCAAAUUUGCUUAAUGGCUCUAUACCUUCAAAUAUAGGACUUUUGACCCGUUUGAAAGUGCUCACCAUAGGAUACAACAAGGUACAUGGUUGUAUCCCCAGAGAAAUAGAGCAUUUGUUGCAUCUAAAAGUUUUAGAUCUCUCUUAUAAUGCUAUUUCUGGUGUUAUCCCAUCUUCUAUCUUUAUUCACUCUAGUUAUGUGGAUCUCAGCUAUAACAAUUUAAGUGGAAGCAUUCCUUCUCAAAUUGGAAACCUUUCAUAUUUAGACCUUCGUUACAAUAAUCUUAGUAUCAAAAACACAAAGGAACUUGAGUCUAUUAUUCCAUUCUGUUAUCUGUAUUGCAAUCCCUUUCUUCCUGAUGGAUAUUAUGAUUGCGAUGAUUCACAAGAUCAAUUAGAAGACCAUCAUAAUAAGCAUUUUGGCCAAUCACUGGUCUUGGUCAUAAUCAUGGUCUGCAUUACCAUUUCAUUGGGUUCUAUUGGGAUUGGAAUGUGCAUUUUCCGUGCCAGGCAUCAUGGCAAGCUUGAAAAUAAGGUCACAAAAAAUGGAGACUUGUUCUCAGUUUGGAACUAUGAUGGUAAAAUUGCAUUUGAGGACAUCAUUGAAGCCACACAGGACUUUGAUAUCAGAUAUUGCAUUGGAACCGGCGCCUAUGGUAGUGUCUACAAAGCGCAACUUCCAAGUGGCAAAAUUAUUGCAUUGAAAAAGCUUCACAAAACAGAAUCAGAAAAUGCAUCAUUUUACAAGAGCUUCUGCAAUGAAGUUGAGGUCUUGACAGAGAUUCGCCACCGCAACAUCAUUAGGCUUUAUGGCUAUUGUUUGCAUAACAGAUGCAUGUUUUUGGUGUAUGAAUACUUGGAAAGAGGAAGCUUGUUCUGUAACUUGGCGGACGAGAUCGAAGUACAAGAGUUGAAGUGGAGCAAGAGGGUGAAUAUCAUCAAAGGGACAGCUUAUGCUCUUGCUCACAUGCAUCAUCACUGUCCUUCUCCUAUUGUUCAUCGAGAUGUCAGCAGCAACAAUGUUCUGCUGAAUUCAGAGUUAGAAGCUUGUGUCUCAGAUUUCGGCACAGCGAGACUUCUUGAUCCUGAUUCAUCUAACCAAACUCUUCUAGUUGGCACUUAUGGAUAUGUUGCUCCAGAAUUGGCAUACACCAUGAGUGUGACUACAAAAUGUGAUGUUUAUAGUUUCGGAGUGGUGGCAUUAGAAACAAUGAUGGGUCAUCACCCAGGAGAAUUCAUGUCCGCUAUGUCAAAGCCAUUUACUCAACAAUUAUUGGUGAAAGAUGUGUUGGAUCCGCGGAUUCCACUUCCGAAUUCUCGAAAAGAUAUGCAACAUGUUGUGCAUGUUGUAAAGCUAGCAUUGGCAUGCCUCUCCCCUGACCCAAAAUCCAGACCAUCAAUGCAGGAUGUGGCUAAUGAGCUUUCAGCUUCCACGGCUUCAAUGAAUUUUUCUUUUUACGAUGUCUCAAUCUACCAAUUGAUGCAAUAGCAUGUACAUGUCAUAUGAUUGUAUUUUAGUAGCAUAUGUUUUAAGAUUGAAAAUUUUAAGUUUUAGUGGGUCACAAAAUAAUGCAACAUUGAAAAUUUUAAGCCUAUAAUU